AUGAUCAGAUCAGAUCAAUAUUCCGUAACACUUGUUCUACCAAGGCCCGUUGACCUCUACGUUGCAUUAAAUAACUUGAUUAAAAUUAUUAAUUUGUUUUCAGAAUCUACACCCAAUGGAGAAUCAAUCGUAGCCAUAUCGUCUUCGGAUCCAAAUGUAGAGAAGUAUUUUAGUCAACAAUUUGCUACGCGAUCUGGAUUCACCCAAUUACAUGAUGAUGAACAGAAUCGGGCAUACGGUCACGCUGGUGUACCUCAAGGCGCUGUGCAUUCCACCGUCAGUAUAGCAGGUCCUAGUAAAGCAGUAGCCAGUGCUGGCAGGAGUAUCGCCUCAGCAUCCAGCGGACCCUUCCUACCACUAUUCAACUUCCCAAUACUCCCAGAAGGCUUUGGAUUCAACAAUUUUGACGUCAAAGAUUGGGUCCGAAAUGUAGAGAGCUUUUACAACCCGAACUUCCCCGGCAAUGCUCAUGUGAACACUGCUACAGCAAUCAAUGAUAAUGGACAUGUUUAUGGAAAUGUUAAUGCUGUAACUUUUGAUAAUAGAGCGAAACCUAAAGAUAGCUAUGGAAACACAGCUACGAGCAUUGGUUUUGAUAACCGAGCAAAAACCCCUGAAACGGCAAUUUACAAUGGCAACAAAAAUGUGCCUGUAAAUAACCAAAAACGUAGCAACUUUUGAUAACAUCGCAAAAUAAAGGAAA